AUGUCUGGACGUGGCAAACGAGCAAACAUCAAGGGCAAGCGAAAGUCACGCUCGAGUCGUGCAGGUCUGCAUUUACUGGUUGGUCGCAUUCACCAGCUGCUGAGGAAAGAAAACUAUGCCGAGCAGAGCUGGAGCUCCUGUUUAUCCAGUUUAUCCAGCCGUGAUGAAAUAUUUAGCCGAGAAAAAAUCAAAGCAAGCUGGGAGGAAUGGUGGACGUACGAUGGAAUCUCAGGUCCCGCAUUCUGGGGUCUAAUCAACCCGCAGUGGAACAUGUGCAACAAAGGUCGCCGCCAGUCACCGAUCAACGUGGAACCGGAAAAGCUACUGUUCGAUCCAUAUCUGAGAUCGCUGCACAUCGACAAGCACAAGAUUUCCGGCACUCUGCACAACACCGGCCAAUCGUUGGUCUUCCGGGUGGAAAAGGACACCAAGCAGCACGUGAACAUCUCCAGCGGACCGCUGGCCUAUCGGUAUCAGUUUGAGGAAAUCUACUUCCACUACGGCACCGAGAACAGUCAAGGCUCCGAGCAUCACAUCCACGGGUACAGCUUUCCCGGGGAGAUUCAAUUAUAUGGUUUCAACAAGGAACUGUACCACAAUAUGUCGGAGGCCCAGCAUAAGGCUCAGGGAAUCGUCGGCAUCUCGCUGAUGGUGCAGAUCGGCGAUACGCCCAAUCCCGAGCUGCGGAUAAUUACCAGCACCUUCAACAAGGUGCUGUACAAAGGCUCUUCCACUCCGAUACGGCACAUCUCGCUGCGGUCGUUACUGCCAAACACCGAACAGUACAUGACGUACGAGGGGUCCACCACGCAUCCCGGCUGCUGGGAGAGCACGGUAUGGAUCAUCCUAAACAAGCCGAUCUACAUCACGAAACAGGAGCUGUACGCCUUGCGGAAGUUGAUGCAGGGUUCGGAGCAAACGCCCAAGGCCCCGCUUGGGAACAAUGCUAGGCCGCUGCAGGCGUUGCAUCACCGGACGGUCCGAACGAACAUCGAUUUUGCCCACACCGGCGCGAGCAAGACCCAGAACUGUCCGACCAUGUAUAAGGAUAUGUACUACAAGGCGAAUCGCUGGACGUCGGAAAUUUCGGCCCGCGGCCGUGAGCGAGGUCUUCCAGACAUUGACACCGUGUUCCACUCGCUGCCCUAG